AUGUUACCUCCACAACAAAGUUCUGUAGAGGCACAAGCUAAUCUGUUUGAAAAUGAACAAAAUUAACAAUUAUAAUAAAGUUUAGAAUUAAAGAUGAAUAUUAUUCUAAUGGCUACAGAGAUUGAGAGAUUACAUAAAAUUUUAAUAUCCAAAAAGGAUUAUUACGAAAAAAAAAUCUAAGAUUUGAUUGAUAGAGAGCUCUAAGACAAGGAAUAAAUUGCUAAAUAAGCAUAAGCUAUUACUGAAUUAAAUUAGCAAAUUCAAUAGAAGAAUGACCUUAUUUCUUAAAUUUUGCAAGAAAAGUCUCAAUAAGAGAUGAAUCUAUUAAUAAGUUAACAAUUAUUUGUUAUCAAUACUUAAUUUAAAAAUGCUGAAAUUUACAUUUAAGAAUUGUAAAAAGAAAAUUAACUUUUAAAACAAUAGUUUGAGGAUGCUCCGUCUUUGAGAUAAAAGCUAUACGACUUAGAAUAAUGGUAUGCUAAAUUAAUUCAUGAAAAAAAUGAAGAAAUUAAUUUACUGAAAACUCAUUAACCUCAUAUAGUAUAAUAUGCACCUCAAUUAAACAUCAUUAAUUAACUUUUAGAUUAAAAAGAAAGAGAAUUGCUAUAAUGGUAAUAUAGUUCAUAAUAAGUGAAUUUAUAUCGUGAAAACUAAAGGUUAACUUAACAGCUUAAAUUUUUAAAUGAUAAAUUGAAUUUGCUAUUAUUCGACAAUGAACAUUUAAAUAAAAGAUUAGCAGACAUAUAAUCGCAUCCCUCUAACCAAACAACAUAACCGUAGUAUGCAACACUCAGAGGAGACUCCUAAUGUACAGCUCCAAUAUUGCACGAUUUUUUGGCUACCAAAACACCUCGAAGAUAUAAAUAAUAAUUCUAAUCAAUCCUUCCAACAGACUUCACAAAUUCAUCAUUAUUAAGCUACAGAAUAAUAAAAAGGCCUCAAUCAGUUGGAUCAGGAAGUUCAAUUCACUUUUUAGGAUCGCCUCCAUAAUUAGUCUAUCACUAGAACUAAUAUUCUCCAAGAUAUUCCAGAAAAUCCUUAUAAAAUCAUUCUGCUUAAUUCAAUGAAUUAUUAAGAUAAACUUAGAUUAUAUAGAAUCAACCUAUCCUUACUAUAUAAAAUAUAGAAACCCAAAUUUAGUUUUUGAAUCAUAUGUUAUUAAUUAAAAGAUAAGAAUUACCAACUCAAACUACUCCUCCAAGAAAAAUUUAUAAAAUUUUGAAAACUCAAGGAAAUGAGAGAACGUCAAGUCCGAACUACACACCUCCUCAAUUCAUUAUCAUGAAAUAACCAAUUAAUCUAUCAUAAUAAAAAAUUCAACCCUCUUAAUAACAAUUUAUUCCUUAAACAGCUAGAUUACUCCCUCAAAAUCAGUUACAAGAUCCUAAUAAUGUUAUUAAAUACCGAUCAUUUUCUGCUGAAACUAAAAGGGAACUUUCUCCUUAUGCUGUCUAAUAUUAAUAGUAACUAAUCCCACAAGCUUCACUAUUUCUCAAUUAGCCAUAACAAGCUCAUCAAAUUUAAUAUAAAUACUCUCCAAUUUAAAGAAUCAUUCCAUAAUAAAAUUUGUAAAACACUAUUCCUAAAUAGACAUAAAGAAGUGUUUCACCUUAAUCUGUUUAAUAUAUGCCUUAUUAAACAUAACCACAAGCACCAUAAACUAUCAGAUUCUAAGAUUUGAAAUAAUAUCAAUCUGUAAAUUUGCAACCACUUUAACAACACCAAGAUCCAUAAUAACAUUACAUUUAACAAUAAUAAAACAUUAUUAAUUACAAUUUGAUUUCAUAAUCCUAACCUUACCUUCCCACUCAAUUUGGAGCAUAUCCACAAAACCCAAGCGAAUAAAAUAGAUCUCCCAUACAUGUUUUAGCUUAUCCAUAUGAUUCCUCUCCAUAAAAUCCAGAGGAUCUAAAUAAGACCAGAUAAAUUUAAAAUCCUAUUUCAUAAAAUCCUUAUGGAUUAUUCAUGACUCCAAACAAUGUCAGAAAACCAGUAAUAUCUAAUAGCAACUCUUCUUAACCAUUUUCAUAGGUGAGAGUAAAGAGAGAAUCACAAGAACCUUUAAGUAUACGAAAAUAAAAGGGAUCAUCACAUUAGAGUAAUAAAUCUCUUCCUGCCUAAGUUUUAUAAUCUACACCUAUAGAUAAUUCUUAAGUUGAACCCUUUGAAUUAUGCAAUGCACCAUAAGAACCAGAUGAAUAAGAGAAAGAACCUUUAAAACCAGAAGAAAUAUAAAAAUCUCCUUAACUUUAAGAUCCAUCUGAAUAAACUCAACCUAAAACUGAUCCUUAAGAAUAACCUAUUGAAUAACCUAAAUAAGAAGAACAAUUUUAAUAACCUUAAAAUCUUAAUGAUUAGGGUAAAAAAAACCAUCAAAAUCCAGAAAAUUUAAAUAAGAAGCCUCAAAAACCUUAUAUCUUGUUAAAUAAACCAUAAAAUCCAAACACUUUGAGUAAACCAAAUUAGAGCUCUAGGAUGUCUAGUGGAUAACCUAUUCCAUAGAUUUCAGAUAAUCAAAAGGAUGACAUCUCACAACCUGAAGAUCAAAAACGAAGUUAGCCAGCUAGUGUUAUAAAGGGUUUAGAAAAUAAAAAAGAUUCUCUCCUUCAAGAUCUUGAUGAGUUAAGAAAAUAUAAAUAAGAAUUAGAUAGAUUGAAUGAUUUAUUAAGUUAAGCUAAAUUAGAAAAUGAAAAACUUAAGGAAAUUUAUUAACAAAAUGAUUUGAAUUGGUAAAAAUAAUUCUAAUAAAAAUAUACAGCUGCAUUGUAGCAGUUACAAUUAUUUGAAAAUAAGCUGGCCAUUCAAAAUAAAGAGUAUAAUUAAAACAUUCAAAAAUAAAAAACUAAUUUUAAUUCUCUACAAUAAAAGUUUGAUGAAUAAGAGAUUCUUAUUGAUAAGUAAAAGAUUGAAAUAAAUAAAUUGAUGCAAAAUUGA